AUGUACAACACCCUCACCCGCGCCCAGAACGCCUUCGGCUUCUUCACCACCGUCGCCUUCGUCGUCGCGGCCUUCAUCGCCGCCACGGACUUCGCCGCCCCGCGCGCGCCCACCGUCCGCGAGCUCAAGACCACAAACAUCCAGGUCGUCAAGGGCCGCCCGCACUACUACUCCCCCAAGAAGGAAGAAUAUGCCAUCAUCAAGUUCUCUCUCGACGCCGACCUUUCGGAUCUCUUCACGUGGAACACGAAGCAGGUCUUCGUUUACGUGACCGCCGAAUGGCCCGAUAACUCUAAGAAAGCCAUCCCCGGCGUCAACGCGACCAACGAGGCCGUCAUCUGGGACCAGAUCAUCACCGCCCCGAGCUCCGACCACCUCGCCAACAUUGGCCCGGCUGCCAUGCGCAAGUUGAAGAAGAGUGCCGAGGGCAAGAGCAUCGACCCCAAUCGAGGCAAGCUUAAGCUUAAAAACCAGAAGCCCAAGUACCAGAUCACCCACCCUUCGGGCAAGGUCGCCGAAACCGACAAGGUCGUGUUGAAGUUGCACUACAAUGUUCAACCGUGGGUGGGCAUUUUGACAUGGAACCAGAACCGGGAUCUUGGCUACUGGAAGGCCCUGAAGGGUGGUGUCAGCAAAGCCUUCAAGUUUCCUGCUCUGAAAGUCAAGGAGAAGAAGCCAUGA